AUGCCCACUGGUACAGGGAUGUAUACCAGACCAUAUCGUAGAUCUAAUCCAUAUACAGACAGAGCUUCAGACGUCGGAACUGAAUUCAUGACCCUGACUCGCAUGCAAGGCUUUUGUCCGGGUAUCGAACCAGGGUCCACAGAGGUGUGGCUCUCGAAUGAUGGAGGAAACCAGUUUGAUCUGCUUCUUACUCUAGACAGCAACCAGACUAUAGAACAUUGCUAUGUGGAUCUGCACGGAGGGAAAGUGGUCUUCACUAGUAACACACACAAGGUGUACUACAGGAGUGCAGGUGUGAAGAAGAUGAUAGAGGUCUCCCCUACACCAUUACCUGACGACCAUGGGCAACCACAACCAGCCCUUCAAUCUCUAGCUGUUCACUUCACUCACACAGGCUCCGCAACCCUGCUGGGGAUUACCAAGCUAAACCCAGACUGGUGGGUACAGGAGAUUAACUUGUCAACUGCAACUCAGCUCUCAAGUAUAGCAGUGAAGAGCGCCCUCUCUGUUCAGCUCAUGACAGAUUCCAAGGUGAUACUCUAUGAAGUCAUCUCAACUGUGGACAGUGUCCUACCAACACCGCUGCGGAUUCUAACUCAGCAGGCAUCUGCUGGAAAGCAACUCAACCAAAGGGAUAUUGGCAGAGCGAUAAUCACAGAUGCGGUGCCGGAGUUUCAGGUACCUAGUUAUUCUAUCGCUGUUGCCAGAGCGAUCGUCUUUACUAAGUUUGAAGAGGAAACUUGGCGUGACAGACCAGAAUUCAAGAAUACUGUUGAACUUGUGCGAUAUAAUGGAGCGACUGUCUGGUUAAUUCUGCAACUUGAUAAAGACGGCCCCGGUUGGCAUUGUGGAGAUGUAGGGAAGACCCUUGCUAUGCCUUAUGCCUCUAGCAUCCUGAUACUAUCAUGUCAUAACCACACCCACUCUAAGGGCCUCGCCCUUCUCUCUAAUAUGAUCAAACAUUUCUACCCGGCCAAGAGUUGGAGUCUCUUCGACUUGCGUCCUUAUCAAAACCAUGCUGAUGUCAUUAAUCAGACAUUGUCCAUCGACGGCACGUUGAACAUUGCGUGCCUUCAGCAGGAAGGAAGAUUCCAGUUUGACCAGCGCCACUUGAAUAUGACACUGGAGGUGUCAAACGGACAUGCUAUAGUCACGCACAUUAUUGAUGAGAGCUGCUGUAAGUUAAAGAGGGUCACUGGCUCAAUCGCCGGACUGAUCGUGCCCGGAGCUUGGGGCCUCUACAAAACCAAAUCAGGUGGCAAAGUGGAACAGUUGACAGUGACUGAGCCGUCGUGUCAGCACUACUUGACCCCUGACCCCAAUGCCAGCAAGUAUCCAGUAAGACACCUAGAUGUUGGGGACAGCUUCUCCUUCUCUGUGACUGCAACAUUCAAAGGAAAAAGAUUCACCAAUGAGCCCUUGAUGUAUUUUCGUGUGGCCAACCCCAGAGUGAUCAGCGUAAGCUCCAAUUACGUCAAGGAUAAGCACGGCUCGGAGAAGAUUUUGAUGACCGUCAAAAACCGCUUAUAUGGGAAGGGGUCAUCUGCCGUAACCUUUAACCUUCCAGAAGCAUCCCUUGCGUGCACUCGUACGUCAUUCACCCUAACAUUCAAGGCAACUUGUCCACCCACGAAGCACCUUCAUUACCUGUACGAGCCCCAACUGACACAGCAAGAGUUGUUGUACGGUGCUCCGAAAGACAACAAGGAAAGACCUGUCCUUAUUGAUAUUCCGGUUAACUACCGGCCGCCGUCACCUCUUGGUAUUUCCAUCCCUACUAGUUAUAAUGUAUACAACGCUGACCCUGGUCUCCCAAGACCAAGAGACAUCUAUCAGAUAUCCAAGGACACUGGUGUGUACAAGCAAUGCCACGGCAAAGCCAGUAGAGCAGACUGUGGCUGCACUGAUGCUAUGAAGCUAUCCUCAUUAGAGAGAUACACUGACUGUAGACAGAGAGCAUAUAGGCUGUUGCAUCCAGGCAAACUGGCCCUGAAGUUCCACAUCGUAGAAGAUGAGAAGAAAACUGUGGAGUUAGGAGAACCCUAUGUCAUCACGCUGAAUGAGGUCAAUGGACGAGCUGACUACAUAGUGGAAGGUGAAUCCAACCCAAGCCUGGAUAAGAUUAGUUCUGAUUUGACGUCAGUGAUUCUUAAUGAGAGCCAGCUUAUUAAUCCCAGUACAGUCAAGCUGAUACUCACUGGUUCAGGGCUGUACCACUUCAGGGCUACAGUCUUCCAAGGAUUUUCCUACUGCAGGCUACAGGAUGAAGUUCAGGUUUACAUUGACUUGGCACCGCUGCCUAACCCUACCCAGAUGAUAGUGAUAGCUGUAACCAGUGUAGUGAUAGGUGGGGUGUUGUUCUCAGUCUAUUUGUAUUACCUCCACUCACAUCAUCGGACUCGUAUCAGGAAGAUUGGAUCAAAGUGUAUGGAUCCCCAUGGCCCAGAGGAGCAUAUGCACGCUACCAAGUAGACAGCCUCUACAUUCAAGACAAAGUAUCCUGUCUACUAAAGUGAAGGUAACGCUUCUCAAUACACUCUUUUGGUUGGAAGCCUAUAGGAGCUUUCAAUAAUAUAAAGCAUUUUACUUCAAAAGUAACGCUUCUCAGGUUGUAUAUUCCAAGUACUGAUUAUUGUUCCUCGUGAUAUUUCCUCUGCUUUUUUUUCUAUAUGUAUUGUUCAAUCCAGGUUUAAUUCCAAACAGUCUGGCCCCUUUUUGUGAAAUGAUAAUAAGUACUCAUGGAUGUGUUUUGUCUACAGGGAACAUGACCAAAUUUUAAUAUGAUAAGUGUAAGUUGUUCCAAUCAUAAUUGAUGAGUUUGAUCUAAAUUUGGAUUUUUAAAAGUUUUACAAUUGAUUGUUGAAGUUGACAUUCCAGUUAAACAAAUGUUGUGCAAUUCAGAUUUAUGUAAUUGGGGGGGGGGUGG